GAGGCGGGUUGCACGUCAGCUAGACCGUGUGUAUAACACCACACACGCGCGCGUGUGGAACACCAAGUCAAGAAAGAGUAUCUUGCGUCUGGCAGCAAACAUCUCUCCAGGAACCAGUUGGAUUUUUCGCGCAAAGGUCCGACCUCGGCCGGGGCAAGCACCUGCCUUACCGACCGGGCCCAUAAACCACCGCCUUAAGGGUUUGAAGCUGCCGUUACUUCGCGCGCCUUGUUAACGAGCCCGGUAACCGGCCAUUAAAUCCCGAAUUUCACGGCGCGAAUCGCGAGCCGGACGGGACGGGCCCGAACGAGGGCCACGCAACGAGACAGACACCUGCCCCGUGUAUUCAUAAUAUGCGGCGGGCUGCGGCGGCCCUGGCCUCGGCAGCGAUCCUUUUGUUGCUCGCGGCCGAACCGACCAGGGCGAGGCACCGUCGCACUGGAAACGGCCAUAAGCCCUCCGGUGACAUCUCACUCUGGAUCGAUCGCCAGCAAAUUAAAAUGUUCUCCGGUCUAGAAAUGGAAAUUUAUGCAAUCACAGAAGGCCUAGUAUUGUCUUAUCUUCUGGACCCGGAAUUCGAAAAUAAAUUGCCUAUAAUUCCAAAUGAGGUGGCGCACGUUAAUUUCACGUGGAAAUCGGGAAUGAAGAAGUAUUAUUAUAAUUUUUUUAAAUUGAAGUCAUGUGAUGAAAUGAUUUUAAAGACACCGUCAAUCACGAUAAAAACGAGAGGACGGGUUCCUAAAAGGCCGAAAGAAUUCAGCGUAUUGCUGCCCUGUUCUGGCAAUGCAAGUGGAAUCGCACAGUUUGGCAUUGGUCUGAUGAUAGAGACACGCAAGGGAAAAGCUUUGAAUGGUACACCCCUUCGUCUCAGCCUGAGAAAAGAAUGCACCGUGCGCGGUGAGUGCGUCAGUCGCGCCCACGAUCUCCACUUCUCCACUCACACAUACAAACCAAAUCCAGGACCCUGUCCAGAUGGAUACUUAGGUCCACCACAUUGCAAGAAAGCUCUCUGUUAUCCAAAUUGCAUGAACGGAGGAAAUUGCACAGCACCAGGAGUGUGCUCGUGUCCACCAGGAUUUCAAGGACCAUAUUGCGAAGGAGGAAUCUGUUCGGAUAAAUGUUUGAAUGGAGGAAAAUGCGUGCAAAAGGACAAUUGUGAAUGUCCUAAGGGUUAUUAUGGACUCCACUGUGAAUUUUCAAAGUGUGUAAUUCCCUGCCUAAAUGGAGGAAAAUGUAAAGGUAACAACGUCUGUCGAUGUCCCACAGGUUUUAAGGGCGAUCAUUGUGAAAUUGGAAGACGUUCGCCACAACGUUCUGCCUGCACAAGGGCUUGCAGAAAUGGAACUUGUCAGCAAGACAAUACCUGUUUGUGUGAGCCAGGAUGGUUCGGAAAAUUAUGCAACAAGAAUAAACCUUGGGCUUGAAAAACGCUUCGGAUUAUUGAAUUGCUUUCGACCGACUGGGAAGAAAAAGAAAAUGCAACGAAAACAGAAAGAAGAUAGAAAAAGAGAAACAAAGAAAUAAGACUCAAAAAGUGAAAUUGUGAAUGCAGAAAAUACUCUUUUAUGUAUAUAAGUAUCCUGUUACUUAUUAAGUUUUGGUCUUUCAAGAAUUUUGGCUCGUGUUGUUAAUUUUUAGGGACUUUUUUAAAAAUAUUUUCUCGACUGAGAAACGAAAAUUGUAUAGUGAGAGAAAUUGUCUAGAUAUUUUGUUAUUUAUAAACCAUCUGUACGAUUGUUACAUUUGGCGAACGUGAUUUUUAUUAGUAUUUUGAAAUUUUUGUUUUUUUGUUUGUUUGAGAGGGAAAAGUGGAAAUGAAGAAAAUUCGUAGUCCAAUCGGUCGGUACCGCGGAACAAAAUGCGAAUGUGUUGGGUUUUGUGAAUAAUCCCACCCCAGAUGUGAUAUGUAAAGUUGCUUUACACCAUUUUAUACUAUAAUUAUUAUUAUUGAUAUUCUUUUAUAUUGUUAGUUUUAUUUUAAUGAUUGUAUAAAAGGAAUACAAGUAUUUUUCUUGUAAUAUAAAAUGCAGAGUGGUUUGUUU